CUGUUGAGAAUUACUGAGGAAGAUGGUGGACUUUGCGACAGCAGCGUGCUCAAAACUCCGUCCCAAACACUUAGGAAAAUACUUAUUAUCGCAACCUGGUAUUAGAUAUAGAUUACCUGGGGACAAUCACAGAUAAUACAUUGUGAAAACCGUUGAGGAAAGUGACUUUCCGUCACCGGACAACUCUUUAUUCCAAGACUGAAGAAAGCGGGGAGUUGCGGAGCGCGGCUGUUUAGGACGCUAGCCACCGUUAGCCAAAGUGUCAACAAAAGUGGGGAAGAAGGUGGAAUUGUGGGAGCAUUUUACCCAGCUGUCACAAACCUCAGAGAUCAUCCAGCCCUGUGCUGCCGCUGCCUUCACACAAACUGUGAAAUCUGUGAGGAGGGCAAUUGACAGUUGGACUGAAAAAAGGCUAAGAUAGCUAGCUUACCUCAGCCAGACUUGUUUUGAACUGUGGAUCAAAGCGCUGCUCAAAAUGCCACGGAGUAAAAAGGGGAAACGUGGCUCCAGUAAGCCGGGCUCUCUUCGUCAGGAGGUUCUUCAGCUGCAGCUGUCUGCCAAAGCCUCGCUGAAAGGUGUUAAAAAUGGCAUGAAGGGAGAGUCAGGUGCCAGCGAUGAUGAGCUGUUGUCUGAUGUGCUCAGCCACUACAGCAGUGCGAGUGAAAGCACCUCUGUGAUGGAAGAGGGCACAGGAGGGGAGCAGGUGGAUGAACAGACUGCCCAGGAGGAAACGGAAGACAAACUCAAGCAGUGUAUAGACAACCUGAUGGAUAAGAGCGCUAAAACGCGUCUAGCAGGACUCGAGUCGUUGCGACAGGCCUUCUCCUCUAGAGUGCUGUAUGACUUCCUGACAGAGAGACGCCUCACUGUCAGCGACUGCCUGGAAAGGAGCCUUAAAAAAGGCAGUGGGGAGGAGCAGGCAGCGGCAGCCACAGUCUUCACCCUGCUCUGCAUUCAGCUGGGGGGUGGAGAUGAGGCAGAGGAGGGGUUCAAGGUGCUUCGCCCCAUCCUCACCGCCAUUCUGAUUGACAACAGCGCAAGCAUAGCAGCCCGCCAGAGUUGUGCCAGAGCCUUGGGGAUGUGCUGUUACGUCUCUGCUGCUGAAGAAGGAGAGGACUUGAUCAAGUCAUUGGCCCUUCUGGAGAGUGUGUUCAUGUCUUCCUACCCCAACAGAGAGGGAACUUUGCCCACACCCAAACCCGGCAGUCCAGGCCUUCAUGGCGCUGCACUGCAGGCCUGGUCGCUGCUUGUCACCCUCUGUCCUACAUCUAAACUGAGUGUGCUGCUCGACCUUCACCUCCCCAAACUCCAGGCUUGUCUGCAGAGCAGUGACGUCAACUACAGGAUCACAGUGGGAGAGACCAUCGCCCUGCUGGUGGAGCUGGGACGAGAUAUCGAAGAGGAAUUCGAGGUGGAGGACAGUGAAAGUCUGUGUGAAUGUCUGAAGAGUUUAGCCACAGACGGCAACAAGCACCGAGCCAAAAACGACAGGAGGAAACAACGCUCCAUCUUCAGAGAGGUGCUACAUUACAUUGAGAACGAGGACUUCACAGAGGAGAAGAUCAGGUUUGGAGUGGAGGGCGUUUACAUCGACAGCUGGAUGAGGAGAAGAAUCUAUGAUGCCUUCAAAGAGAUCAUGGAGUCCGGAGUCAGACACCAUCUACAGUUCAACCCACUACUGAGAGACAUCUUUGGGCUCGGCCCUCCCCUCAUCCUGGACGCUAGUGUCAAAGGCAACAAGAUCUCUCGGUUUGAGAAGCACCUUUUCAACUCCGCUGCCUUCAAAGCCAGGACUAAACAGAGGAACAAAGUCAGGGACAAACGGGCUGACGUCAUGUGAGAAAAGGACGGGGAUGAAGUGAAUGGAUGAGCAAGCGAGGAACUCCUUGGGCUGUAUUGAGAUGGACACAAAAUGAUGCCUUCAAAGCUUCAGCUGUCAGGCACACAGAUUCCACAAACUCUUAACAGGGAUUUUUCACUUGUGCUCUUCAGCUGCAAUUGAAUUCUCCACAUAGUAAACAUUUAUUCGUAGCUCCCACAGGCAAAGGCAGUCUUGCUGAGGAACAUACAAAGUGGAAAAACUGUAACUGUAAAGCCAUCCUAAACCUCUUUUAUGUAGUAUUAAAACAAUUUAAUUACACAGAAGAAUACAUUUUCUGUGCACACAUGAAAUGGGAUUUUUAGAUAUCCAAAAGAUCUUUUAUUCAUUUUAUUAAUAAAAUACAGAGGAAGUAAAAUAUUGAGUCUCACUGUAAGAGUCAAACAUUUUUAUAGCUUUAUGGUAUAUUUGAUAUCUGUGGAAGCCUUCCAUGUUACACUCACUGAAAAACUCUGGUGCUAACGGAUAUUGUUGAUACUCUGUUCAAACUGCUGCCGUUUGUCUAGACAGGUCAGUCAAGUCUUUUUAAUCCAAAUUUCUGAAUUCAGUUUGCACAUAAAGCUGCUUCUCCUGGAUAUAACCAGUCCUUGUCAAUCUCUGAAGCUUAGUGUUCGAGCAUCAAUGUCCGGAACAAACGGCAAAAAAAGAGGGAAAGAUUCUGGAGAAACUCUUCUCUGGGCUAAUGGUUCCUAGUGGUUCCUUGUUGUUCCCUCUGUUGUUACACCCACAGUGGCUUCUUCGGCUGCCAAACCAGAAACUGACUUCACAAACAAUGCAACCUAAAAGAUAAUGCGUGUGGUGUUUGUGUGAGAGCGUGCUUCGUUAGAAUUUUAUUUAACAUCAUGAAACACUUGAAAAUAUAAACAAGAAGAUGCCUAAUUAAAAUAUUAAGUCAAAGAGUCAGUAUUGUCAUCUUUGAAUUAGUAGAGAGGAAAAAUACAUUUUUACCCUUCCUGGUGGAUUAUUGUAUUUUACUUUCUAAUUUAUUAAGAGUACUGUGUAAUUUUUAAGAAAUUUUAAAAAUGCAAAGAACUGACAAUGAAGAGGAAUUUCUAGUUUUUUUUUUUUUUUCUCAUGUAUAUUUUUAUUGGAGGUGGGUGGGUCAUAUAAUCUAUCCAUGUAUAUGUAUUGCAGAUAGACUGUACAUAGGGAUUUAUGGUAUGUACUUGAAUCAUUAUUUUGGAUGAUUUUCCCUCUGACAAGCAGUAAAGGCUGCACACACAGGGCCCUAACCAGAGCUGCUGAUCAGAGGUUUGGUGGGGAUCUUUCAAAUGAUUGGCAUCUAAAAUUCAAUGUCCCACUAAAUUGUGGCUGCAGUAUCUAAGAGUGCUUUCGAUUAUAUUAAAAAAAUAAAAACACUUAACAGCUUCCUGGAAAUGUCUGUACCUUGGUGAAAACUUGUCAUCAGCUUUUACAGCUUCUGUUGUUGACCAGGUUUGACCCCCUGAAUGAAGAUCAGCCACAGGCCUCCCCAAACUGUCUUGUCCAGUGGCUCUGCAGCACGUGGACAGAAGGUGGAUCAAAUGAAAUAAAGAUUAUUUGAGUAAA